ACUAUUUCUCGUUGGGCAUCAUACUAUUCGAGAUGGCCUUCUUCGAUCACCCAUUCAAUGACUCUGAUGUGAGCAAUUCCAUAUUGAAUGAUUUGCCGGAUUAUCCAGAGGAUGCGGAUCCUGAUCUCGUGGCCUUUAUAGACAAGUUCCUGUGCAAAGAUCUGCAAAAACGAAAAGAGGCCAUGACCAACAUUCGAGACGACCCGUUUUUAAGAGGAAUAAAUUGGGAGGAGCUGGAGAUGGGAUAUACACGCCCCCCAUUUUUUGUUCAACGAGAGGUAAAUACAAUUUUGACCAGAUUUAUGAAAGGAUCUGAACAUUCCUUCCUCACUUAUUAAA